UAAAUGCGUCUUGUUUUGCUAGUUAGGAGUAUUUUUGAGUGCUUAAAACAACCCCUUCUUGUUGCUCUAGCGUUAGAGAUAAAUCGCUUGUCUGUUGCCUCGGCUUCACCUCUCCCAGCGUCUGGUUUAAGAGUGGUGAAGGAGAUAAGGUUGCAGAGGGAUACCAUUGUUUUACGACGUGGCUACUUUCAGGAGCUGUGCAAGUUCCAACUGUUACAAAAUCAUAAUUGAGUGGGAGUGGCAACUGUUGUUUUUUGGAGGGGACUCUGCGCUUUUACGCGUCGUUGAGAUACCAACUGCUAAAAGGCACACUUCUCAAAGAUAUUAAGAAUGAAGAGUCCGUAUCGAUGCUUCUUCCUUAUGGCCCUUUGUGGUUGCCAGAUGUACCUCAGUAACGGCCACAACUACAUAACUCCUCCUGAGCUCACAGAAAACAGCGGAGUUCUCUACGCUACAUGUAAAAUGCGCCCAAAUGCCAAACUCCCCGCAGAUAUGCCAAAAAUCUACGGCCAUGUGUUGUUUAGACAUGAGUAUGCGCAGGCUAAGCUAAACGUGGCCAUUAAUCUGCAAGGUUUCCCAGCUCCAGAUGAGCAGACGAGGGCGAUUCACAUCCAUCAGUUUGGGGACCUGAGCGAGGGCUGUGCUUCCACUGGCGGUCAUUACAACCCCCUCGGCGUUAACCACCCACAGCAUCCUGGAGACUUUGGUAACUUUCAGCCAUCGGAAGACGGGAAAAUAGUGAAGAUGCUCGAUUCCGACGCGACGCUUUUCGGUGGACUAUCAAUCCUCGGCAGAGCAGUGGUGAUCCAUGCAAAGAGCGAUGACAUGGGCCUCGGGGGAGACGCCGGGAGCCUCCUUCAUGGGAAUGCGGGAGCGAGGCUGGCAUGCUGCGUUAUCGGGAUGUCAAAGAGCAAACUCUGGGACAACAACUCCAACGAAGAAGGAGUUAACAAGAUAACUCUUAGCACUGAUCCUCUGGACUUUGUCACUGAAUUAAAGGAAUGAAUCACACAGGGCGACCACGAUUCUGAUCAAGUAGCCUACUACAGUUAGAACCAACUGUCUGUCUGGUGGUUGAAGAAAUUAUUUCCCUAGAAUGAUCUUAUUUAAGCAUCACCUCAAAAUGAAGUGCCAAUAAUCAUUUCAACUGGUCACUAUGUCAAGGAGAGAAAAACACUUUUCUUAAUUCAUUUGUCUCCCCCACAGUCAGAACCACAUUAAUAUGGCCCGGGGCCCCUAGCCUACAGCUCGCUGGAGGCCCCCUACAGAAGGAAAAUUUUGCGGAAAAAAUGACAUAGCCACCAUCAUAAUUCUGAGCUAGGAAUUAAGAACAGGCCUUAUGUAUUUCAAUAUAUCUCGUCACAAUUCUGCAUAGCCUACCCCACCCGCCCCACCUUCCCCUUUGGCCACCCAAGGGGGCCCAGGCUGCAGCCAUAUCUAGCAUGUGCAUUAAUCCGGCCCUGCCCUCAGUCUAUAAAUACAAAGAGUAUAGGCUAAACCGGUGGCAGUUGCAACAGGGGAUGGUUGCAACUUGCAACAUCUAGGUUUUUUUUUCUCUCCAAUCAGAUAGCUAGAGUGAUUACUCAUACUGCACAUGCUAAGCUGGGUGCCCCAUCUUUGUACAGUACAAAUACAAUCACUCUAGCUUGUGUCUGGUAGGAGAAUUGUUACUACCAUCCCCUGUUGCAACUGUCCCUGGUCUCCUCAAAGUAUGACAUCUAUCUCAUAGCCUAAUUUGAACAAGAGACACUUGCACUUCCAACCAGUAGGGUAACUGAGCACAAAAAACACAUAAUGUUGCUUUAGUAAAUGAAAAGCUGGAACUAAUUUUCAGGGUUUUUUAAAAUUCAGAACUUAGCUUUUGAGGCCAGACUGCUGGUUAUUGAAUGGACCAGGUCCGCAUGACUUGAUGAAUAAGACUUUAAUUUGAAAAUGAGAGGACGAAUUCCUGUCUGAAGUGCUUGAUAUUGGCAAAUGAUCAGGCAAUCAAUGUUAUGCCUUCCUUAGUAGAUGGGGUAGAACAUUCUUCAUUUACAAUUCCAAAACCACACAAGAUAAUAGACGCACACAAACAAAACUGACAGGAAGACUGAACAAAAGUGUGGAAUUUUGCAGAUAGCAUAUUGGACUGUUGUCAAAGAAUGCAUGUUCAAAGGUGUGUUGUAUCUAUUGAUACAUAUUUUACUGUGUAUUCUUCUGUCUACUGUUCUCCUCGUUGAGGCUCAAGAACUUCAAUGAUUUUCAAGAGAAUCAGGAGAUAUAUUUUAAAUGUUGAUACGUUUCCAAAUAAGCCAUGGUUUGUCUUUUAAAAGCCACAUGCCAAUGGUCAUGCUCAUAUUCACCAUUGAGGACACAGAGGUCCUGUUUUUCCCCGGAAAAGCCAAAUUCAUCUGAAAAGCAAUGGCAAAUUCAACGUCCAUAUGCCACCAACUAUUCCCAUUUAUGGUUAACAUGAAAUAGAGAUGAGUCAUUUUUGGAAGAGCUCAACAAACAGACAUCAGGGUUUCUUUGUCCAGGUGCAGGUCAUAGGAUGCGCUCUUGCAUGAAAGAAACCACAGACUCUUUUCUAAUGCCAGGUUUAUUAACAAACAACACUUCGGCCUAUACAACCUUUCUCAAGUCUUACAUGGCCUAAU